GUGACGGCGGGCGGGGUCAAGAUGGCGACGCCCAGAGAGGUGAGGAACCUGCGGCGAGGGCUCCCGAGGCUGUAGAGAAAGCGGCCAAGUGGCAGCGUCUAUGCCCUAAGUGGGAGGCACUGGAGGGUGCCUGGGCGCCAAUUAUCAAGCCUCAGAGAGUGGCCUGCCCCCCAGUGGAGCUUCCCUCCUCGCCGCUGGAGAACGGAGAGAGAAGGUGCUGGCUGUGUGAAGCUGUCGCUGUCGGCCUGGCAGGGCUUGAAGGACCCAGAAGCCAAGACGUCGCUAGUCACCCCGGUUUCCCCGGGGCCCCAGGUCUAGAGACAUGACCCGAGAGUACGCUCCCCCGGCCUCGGGGACCGGCGCUCCGUUGAGCGGGUCGGUGCUGGCAGAGGCAGCAGUAGUGUUCGCAGUGGUGCUCAGCAUCCACGCAGCGGUGUGGGACCGAUACUCGUGGUGUGCCGUGGCCCUCGCAGUGCAGGCCUUCUACGUCCAGUACAAGUGGGAUCGGCUGCUACAGCAGGGAAGCGCUGUCUUCCAGUUCCGAAUGUCUGCAAACAGCGGCCUGCUGCCGGCAUCAAUGGUUAUGCCUUUACUCGGACUGGUCAUGAAGGAGCGAUGCCAGUCUGUGGGGAACACGUACUUUGAGCGCUUUGGAAUUGUGGUGGCAGCCACUGGCAUGGCAGUGGCCCUCUUCUCCUCAGUAUUGGCACUGGGCAUCACCCGCCCAGUGCCCACCAACACUUGUGUCAUCUCGGGCAUGGCUGGAGGUGUCAUCAUUUACAUCAUGAAGCACUCCCUGAGUGUGGGCGAGGUGAUAGAGGUCUUGGAGGUCCUGCUGAUCUUCGUGUACCUCAACAUGAUCCUUCUGUACCUGCUGCCCCGCUGCUUUACCCCUGGGGAGGCACUGCUGGUAUUGGGUGGCAUCAGCUUCAUGCUCAACCAGCUCAUCAAACGCUCUCUGACUGUGGUGGAAAGCCAGGGUGACCCAGUGGAUUUCUUCCUGCUGGUGGUGGUGGUAGGCAUGGUGCUUAUGGGCAUCUUCUUCAGCACUCUCUUUGUCUUCAUGGACUCAGGUACCUGGGCUUCCUCCGUCUUCUUCCACCUCAUGACCUGUGUGCUGGGCCUUGGUGUCGUCCUGCCCUGGCUGCACCGGCUCAUCCGCAAGAACCCCCUGCUCUGGCUUCUUCAAUUCCUCUUCCAAACAGAGACCCGCAUCUACCUCCUAGUCUACUGGUCUCUGCUGGCCACCUUAGCCUGCCUGGUGGUAUUUUACCAGAAUGCCAAGCGGUCGUCCUCUGAGUCCAAGAAGCACCAGGCCCCCACCAUUGCCCGGAAGUAUUUCCACUUCAUCGUGGUGGCCACCUACAUCCCAGGUAUCCUCUUUGACCGGACACUGCUCUACGUAGCUGCCACUAUCUGUCUGGCAGUCUUCAUCUUCCUGGAGUACGUGCGCUAUUUCCGCAUCAAGCCCCUGGGCCACACCCUGAGGAGCCUCCUGUCCCUUUUCCUGGAUGAACGAGACAGUGGACCACUCAUCCUGACACAUAUCUACCUGCUCCUGGGCAUGUCUCUUCCCAUUUGGCUGGUCCCCAGACCCUGCACACAGAAGGGUAGCUUGGGGGGAGCAAGGGCCCUGGUUCCCUACGCAGGGGUCUUGGCUGUGGGUGUGGGCGACACUGUGGCCUCCAUCUUCGGCAGCACCAUGGGGGAAAUCCACUGGCCUGGAACCAAAAAGACUUUUGAGGGGACCGUGACCUCUAUAUUUGCGCAGAUCAUUUCUGUAGCUCUGAUCUUAAUCUUUGACAGUGGAGUGGACCUAAACUACAGUUAUGCUUGGAUUUUGGGCUCUAUCAGCAUCGUGUCCCUCCUAGAAGCAUACACGACGCAGAUAGACAAUCUCCUGUUGCCUCUCUACUUGCUGAUACUGCUGAUGGCCUAGCUGCUGUGCAGCAGUGAUGGAGGAAACAGGGACAUGGGGAGGAUGAGGGGUCCCCACAGCAGCCAGCCACUUGGGCAUGAAGAGCCAAGGGGUGAGAAGCACAUUGGAUUUUUCAGUUCAUUCAGAUUCAAAAUAAAAGUCAAAGCUCUCCUGGU